GUUCAAGGAGGUACAGUACUUAUUUCACUCCAUGCCCAGUGCCUGUCAGUCUUGGCUGGUAACGGAACAAGACAAAGACCUGUUUGUACGUCUUAAAUACAAACCGUAUUUAUUAGAAAUUUGUUCAGUAAUCUGUUAUCACCCCUGAAGAGAGCACUGUGCAGUAAAAGUGUGAUCAAAAUGAAGGCACCACUGGCAAUUCUUGCUUUCUUGGUUGGAUUUCUGGCAAUAGAUGCGAUUCCUUUCAGUCGUCUGUCAUGUUACAAGAAGAUUUUAAAAGACCGAAACUGCCACAAUAUCCCUAAUGGAAUUGAGCCGCUCAGACCCAUUGAAAAGACUCUGCGGGAUCAUUUCUGGGAGGGCGAAGGCUGCGAAAUUGUCUGCUACUGCAAUUUCAGUGAAUUGCUCUGCUGUCCAAGGGACAUUUUCUUUGGACCGAAGAUCUCAUUUGUGAUUCCCUGCAAGAGUCCAUAGAGGGAUCUCGACAAAAUCAACAAACAUCAGGAUUGAAAUCCAGACAAUGAAACAGAAAUUGUUUUAUUAGUACUGCCUACCAAUAACUUUUUAAAACAUGUAUUGAUGUGUAGUGUAAUGAUACAACAGUAUAUUUACAACUUGCUAAUUUUUUGUACAACUUCUUAGUAUUGGUCACAUUAAUGUGGGUUCUUUUUGAGAGAGCUCUAUAUAAUUUCAGGCACAAAAGAAAACUAAGUAUAUAGUAUAUCGUUUAAUCAUUAACAAUACAAUUAUCUAGUGAUUAUACAGUAAUACUUUAAUUACAAAAUGUUUCACAAGCCGAGAGACAGUGGCAUAGCGAAUGUAGAACUUUUCUGACCUGUUGUUUUUGCAAUUUAAAGUUAUGAACUUGUUGUAAAAAACAAUUAUUUUGAUUAAAACUGUAUGUUUACUUAAGUAAUGCUGCUAGACUGUUCCUAAAUUACAGGGGUUGAACAUCUGCCAAAACAGAGCCAACAUGCUUUAGAAGCACGGACAGUCAGGAUAGUACAAAUUCAGUCUGCUGGCUUUUUAAAUUAUUCUGGACGUAGUUGACCAUUUCUUAAAAAAUACUGGUGCAUCUUCAGAAAAGUCUAAACAAAGUCUGUUGUUCAAAACAGUAGUCUCUGAUACAGAAGGCUCAACCAGAAACGUAUGUCAUGAAUUCCACUUACCACACCCAGUAACAUAUUAAGUUGGGAGGAACUGCCAGUGUUUCUUAUUUUUUCAUCCCUUUAUGUUCAGAUCCCAUAAUACCACCUCCAGAGUAUGAUUGUCUAUUGACAUUUCUACUGAGAUAACAUAAAUUAUGUUUUCUUUGUACUCCUAUCACUUGAAACCCAAAUGUCCAAUAAUAAUCUGUAUGCAAGUGCUCUAUUAGAGACCAGAACACAUUGGGUGGUUUUGAUCACAAGGGGCUAUGCAGAUUGAGGGCAUGUCAGAUGCAAUUCUAACAAGGAGUACGUUUCUGGAUGCUAUGUUUUCCAUUACAUGAGAGUGGAUCUUAAAACUUCAUGCUGAUUUGAACCCGGAUCUUGCCAAGAUAAGUGCCACCUAAGACGUAGUUUUACAGUAAACUAAUGUGAUCCAUCUGCAUCUCCAUCCAUUUGCAUUUCUUUCCAUCUGAUUAUGUAGAUAUUUUGCCUGGUGUUGACAACUGAAGUAUAAUGCUGGCUCCAGAGAUCGGCUUAUUUUGCCUCCCCAGCGCAUCAGCACACAUAACGGCUGCGAUGUUGGCUCCAGGGACCAAUCAUAGUGUGGUCUCCAGCGCAUCUGCAUGACAACCGUCUGGAUUGAGUUAAGUAGGGUACAUCUCUGGGGUCUUCAAGUGGGCACCUUUCGUCCUCGCUGUUUCGUCGACUAGCCCACGACGCAAGUGAAGUGUCUCUUGUACCGCUUCAGUGUGUUUACUUGUAACAGGAACAAGUCAACCUCCAAAACAGAAGACUGGUAAACUGGAAAUUAAAGAACAAAUAUCAUGUCCAUAUAAGUUAUUACAAUACCUAGAAGAUGUAUUUGACCUUGUGCUAUUUCUUAUCUUCCCAGAUAAAUUGAAAUAACUUCCAGUUCUUUUUCAUGAUUAUGAAUUGCAUCUAGCUUACAAGUUUUAGACAUGUUUUAUUUUUGUAUUUUUACACCAUUAAAACAGCAUUUUAAAAUGUUCAUAAAAUGCCUAUAGCAAUGUUAAUUGUAUACAGUAAAUCAAAUACCAAGGCAGUUCUGCUUGUGAGCGGAGGUUCAUUCUUUCUUUAUUUUACAAUAAUGUUGCUAUAAUAGAAACAAAAGAUCAUCGGUUAUCUCUGAAAAAUCCCUAAAGUAUCUUUUUUGUAUAUUGUGACAGCAAGAAAUAAAAUUGAACAGAAUUUCAGCUUUCUUUCCUUUUUUAAAUAAAAUUAUAACAAACAUGA